AUGGUGCGCCGCUGGCGACGAGGGCGCCCGCCGCGAGGCGAGCCGAGCCGAGCGCAGGGCCGGGCUCCGGGCUCCCGGCGCGCCGCCCCGCCCCGCCCCCGCCCGCGCCCGCGCCCGCCCGGGCCUCCGCCCGCCCGCCGGGAGGGCCGCCGCCGGCUCACAGGGGGAGGGGGCCGGCCGGGCCGCGGGGGUUCCCGCGCGGCGGGGAAGGGGCGCCGCGGGCCGCGGGUGCCGGAGAGGUGCGCGGGGCUAGGCGGGGGCCGAAGGGUCACUGGCGCACGGGCGUCUCGGGGCGCCUCGGCAUCCGCAGCCUUCUCCCCAUCCUCUCCGCGUCGGGGCCCCGCAGCCCCCGCUCGGGUGAAGCGAAAGCGGCGGCAGCGGCGGCUCGGUCGCCGAGCGGGGAAGGUGGCGAAAGGGCCGGUCGACGCAACUUGGCCGAGACGGAAGCGAAGGCGCCCGGGCCCCCGGAGCGGAGCCUGCCGCGGCUUGGCGCGGCGCUGCGGCGGGGCCCCGCGCUCGCACCUGAGCGCCUCGCCCUCGCGCCGAGGAAGGGCCGCCGGCGGCGGCGACGGGCGGGUCGUCCUCGCCGCGGGCCGGCGGGCGGGCGGCGGAGCGGAGCGAGCGCGGUGCCGGGAGCGCCGGGGAGCACGGGCCCGCUCAGAGGCGGCGCGGAGCCCCGGGCCGCGGGCCCUGCAGUCCUCCCUGCGCGUCACACGGCAAAGUUGUCUCCAGGCUCCCCGGGCGCCGCAUCCACCGGCGGGCGGGCGGGCGGGCCGGCCGCUGCGCGCUCCGCCGGGGCCUCUGCUCCGCCCGCCUCCUCGCCGCCCGCCUCCCUCCGCCCGCGUGCGCUGGCCGGCGGGGCGCGGGGCGCCGGACGAGGUAGGCGAGGCGGCGGCAGGGCCCUCCUCGCCCCGGUGUCUUCUGGCUGCGCGGCGGCGGCGAUGCGGGCUCGAGCGCCUAAAAGUCUCGCCGCGUCCCCGGCGCGGGCGUCCUCGCUGGCUCUCCCGCCGGCACACGCCGCAGGGCCGGGAGAGAGCGGGCGGGUGGCGGCCGCGUCCCCGCGCCCGACCGGCCGCGACAGAGUGCGGACCCGCCAAGGAGGAGUUCUUCGCUUUGCUUUCUUCUUUUACUCUCCUCGUUUUUUCUCCCAAAGGGGAGAAAAAGCCGCACAAUCUCCGUAUGUGCGCGCGCGUUGAGAUAGACGUUGGCAGAAAAAAAAAAGGGGGGGGGGGGGGGAGUCUCGCCCUGGCCGUGCGGGAGGAGACUGUCCGCGCCUCCCCGCUUCGCUUCCUGGGGGCGGGGGGGGGGGGAAGGGGGAGGGGGAGGCGGAAUCUGUUCAGGUCGGUGCUGCCUGCUCCCCCCGCCCACCCCCGCUUCCCUCCGCUCCCUUCCUCUGCCUUCGCGAGAAGGAGGGGCGAGCCGGCCCUCGCCCCUCCCCCCUACCCCCCGCGAGGCCGGGCCACUUCUGCGGUCUCGAAACUUUCUCACCACGUGGGCGCCCCGGACCCCCGCCCAGCUGGGCGGCUGGCGGCACCGACGGGCUCCCAGCCCAGGGUCCCGGCGCUCGCCUCCUCCGCGGCCGCGCAGGCCCUGCCCCCGGCCCGGCCGCCGCCCUCCGCGCCCGGGAGAGGCACCUCUCGCCGCCGCAGCCGCCCCGGGCCUGCCUGGGGUGCUCUCUCAGGGGCCGCGGCGAGGCGGGGCGAGUCGGCCUCGGGCGCCGCGGGCUGUCUCCGCCAGUGGAUGUCGCUCCCGGGCUGCAGUGCCCGAGCCGAGCGCCCCGGGCUGCCGGCGCACUGGGCGAGGCGUGGGCCCCGCGGGCUGGAAGGGCCUGGCCGGCCGCUGCCUCUGCCAGCGGCGCGCCCCGAGAAACUCCUCGACUGCGGGGGGCACCGGCCUCGCCUCCAACAGGCCUCUGAGCUCCGGGCUUGGCAGGCUGGCGAGGUCUCCAGCACCACUGCCGCCACCACCCCGCAACUGGCAAACCCUGGCCUCAGACAGACCGGGUCCCAGUCGAGGCUCAGCCACGGCCAGCUUUGCAGGAGUGACCCUCAGGGCUCCCCCCAGCCCCCGCGGUCCCUCAUCGCGAGCUUCUCUGGCCAGCCGGCCGCUGUGGCGCUCAGCCCGGACCGCAGCCUCGCCGAGGCCCGCAAGUCUGGAGGCCGAGCGCCCCCUCCCUCCCGAUCCGAGGAACCGACCCGGAGCCUGUGA